AUGAAGUCUCAAGUUCUUUCUCUCGCUUUGGCUUCCUCGGCCGUUAGAGGCGUCUUGGCAACGGUCAGUUACGAUGGAGCCAAGGCGAUCCGAAUUCCUGUUGGUGAAGAUGUGAUUCCUGUGAUGAAAAUCAUUGAUCAGCUUCAAUUGCCUGUCUGGAAGGGAGUGGGUGCUGAUGGGGUACCAAAAGCAAACAGCAAUGUUGAUCUAGUUGUUCCAGCCGAGAAGGCAGAAGAGUUUGGUUCUAUGAUCAAUGGCAUCAAUAUUGAAGUCAUGCAUGAGGAUCUCGGGGCAAGCAUUGCCGAGGAAUCAUCUGCUGCUGAUGUUUCUGGUAAGCCAUGAAAUGCAAGAUACUGAGCUUACCAAAACGAUGUUAACAUAAUGUCGUUAUAGCUGAAGCUGUCAAUCUCGGAACCUGGUUCAACGCAUAUCAUCCCUAUGCCGACCAUCUCCAGUUCUUGACAACAUUACAAUCCAUGUAUCCAAGCAACUCAGAAAUCGUAACUAGUGGCGCUUCGGUCGCAGGCAGAGCAAUCACUGGUUUACAUUUCUAUGGAGCUGCCAAAGGAAAACCUGCAGUUGUUCUCCACGGCACCGUUCACGGUAAGUUAUCAAAAUCGACUUUGGAAAAGGCAACCAUGGCUAAUGAGGUUGUUACAAUUAGCCAGGGAGUGGAUUAGUACUAUGACGGUUGAAUAUGUGAUCUACAACUUACUCUCUAACUAUACCACCAAUACCGAGAUUAAGGGAUUCCUUGACAAGUAUGAUUUUUUCGUCUUUCCAGUUGUUAAUCCAGACGGUAUGCACUUUCUUUUGCUCCAAUUUUAUCUUUUAUUGGAAACUCGAGUAUAAUCUAAUCAUAUCAGGCUUCGUCUACACGCAAACCAACGACAGACUAUGGCGUAAAAACCGACAAACAGCUCCCAACAGCAACUGUCUCGGACGUGACGUCAACCGAAACUGGAAUUACAGGUACCAAUCAACUCAAGCUCAAAAAAUCCCAAAUUCAUGUCAAUACUAACAAGAACAUCAGAUGGGACGGUGCCGGGUCUUCCACCAACCCCUGUGAUGAGACUUUCAAAGGUAACCCAUCCACUGAACCUUUCAAAAACACUAAUAACACAAUCCACAGGUUCCCAACCAAGCGACUCCCCAGAAAACCAAGGUCUCUCCGCCUUCCUCAACAACAUCCAAGCAACGCAAGGCGUCCAACUAUACAUGGACAUCCACUCCUACAGCCAACUAUUCAUGACCCGUCCGUCCCCUCCUUUCCAACCCACACCCCCUCAAUCCUAACAAACCCACAGCAUACGGCUACUCCUGCACCGCCCGCGUCUCCACCGCAAACGCCAACCUCGCCACAGGGGCCGCUCGCGCCAUCGAAGCCGUCUACGGCACAGACUACAUCGCUGGUCCGCUUUGCGGCACUCUUUACCAGGUUGCGGGUGGGAGUAUCGAUUAUGCGCAGGAUGUGACGAAGGCGAAGUAUGUGUUUACGAUUGAGUUGAGGGAUACAGGGAAUUAUGGGUUUGUACUUCCCCCCGCGCAGAUCCGUCCGACGGUUUUGGAGACGUGGCAGGGGUUUAGGUAUUUGUUUACUAAUAUGGUCUUGUGA